AUGACGAUGAUGAUGCCUCGCCGCGCCGUCGUCCUCUUCGCCGCGGCGCUCCUCGCGGCCUCCGCCGCCGGGGUCUCCGGGUUCCACCUCGGCGGGGACGAGAGCGGCCUCGUGAGGGGCGUGCUCGCCGCGCUCCGCGAGCGGGCCGAGGCUGAGGACGCCGCGCGCUUCGCCGUCGCCCACCACAACAAGAACCAGGGUGCUGCCUUGGAGUUUACUAGGGUGCUCAAAUCGAAGCGGCAGGUGGUGACCGGGACCCUGUAUGACCUGAUACUGGAGGCAGCUGACGCUGGAAAAAAGAGUCUGUACAGAGCAAAGGUUUGGGUGAAGCCGUGGGAGGAUUUCAAGUCUGUUGUUGAGUUUCGCCUUGUUGGAGACUCUGAAUCUGAAUCCGAGUCUUCUGUUGCUUCUGAUGAUAGCUCUGGGCAAGCGAUUGCCAAGCUCUCUCUUGAAGCAGACAUCGUACAAGAAGAGGCUCGCCUGCACACCAUUGAGAAUGAUGGACUUUCAGGCGAUUUCACAUCAUCAUCUUAG